UCGCUUCCAGGCGGUGACAACGGCCCCUUGACGAUACUGGUCUAGCAAACCCCGCCGACAGACGGAUAGGCGGAUUGGGAAUUCAUAGGUAGCCAGGCCUGUCAAAGCUGAAGCACACGUUGUGCACUCGCCCACACGGAGAGCGGGAAGGUGGCGACUCAUGGAUUCCAGCGAUGCCUUCUCGCAGCACACCGUCGGCGAUGAGGCGUCGCAGCGCCCGCGCCGCAUGUCGAUGGAGGAGGAUUUGUUCUAUCGGGACCUCAUGACCUCACGACCCGCGAACCCACCUAGUUAUGAGACGGCCAUGAAGUCCGCCAUGGCCGCGCAAAGGCGCGCACUGGCCGCGGCGCAGCAGGGUUCGAAGCCGGUCGCUCCUCCAGAAGAUGUGCUGCCCAAGUACUCAUGUGAUGUGAUUGCGGAAGGCGUGUUUAUGAGGAAGAUGGAAAUCGAGCAUACGAUCAAACGCGCCGAGGUUCGCAAUUGGCAGAUGGUUUACGUCGAGCUGAGGGGGACUGCACUCAACAUCUACUCGGUUAAGAAGGAACGAACAUGGUUUUCAUCGAGACCGGACGGCCCCGAUAUCUCGCCAGAUAGUCCUCCAUGGGUCAAGAAGGGUUCUUUGGAAAAGAGUUACAGUCUACAGCAUGCGGAUGCCGGAAUUGCCGCAGAUUACAGAAAGCGGCGCUAUGUCAUCCGUUUACGAGCAGAGACAGACCAAUUUCUACUAUCAUGUGUCGAGCUCAAGACAUUUGUCAAGUGGCUUGAUUGCAUCUUUGCCGCUAUCAACAUCGCGGCACCUAUCGAUGAGCGAGACUUCCCUCGGGAUCAAAGUAUACCGCGACUUCAAAGGAUACGAUGGCUUCGGGGGGAAAGGCCGACUCCGGAAGACAACAUCAGCGGCUUUCAAAGGUUGAACGAGAGGAGGCAAAGUACUGCGUCAAGUAGGAGUGGUGAGGAGGAUGAGGAAAACGACAGAAAUGAGAUAAACAGUACAGCACGGCCACCAACGAUACACGAAGAAGAGAACGAGCGCGGAAACCAGGGGCAGAACGACUUUGCAGCAUUUGGGCGAGGAGGCAUCGGUCAACAUCCGGUAGUAGGCCGGCUAUCGACAACAUCGUAUCCGAACGAGAAUGUCGACCCAGACACGGGAAAAUGGCGGCCGAGACAAAUAUGGACCGAGACGCACGAUCAUCUUUACGCUAAGCUCUGUUAUUCGGUCUUGCUGUUCAAGAGUCCACGGAAAAGCAACUACAUCAUCUCCAACGGCAAGCGAUGGUACGUGGACUGGGCCACAGGGCGGAUGGUACGCGUGCUACCUCCAGCAUAUGGAGAGGUCGACUUAUUCGGCCCAUGGCAGAUCAUUCGGGCGGAAAACAGACUGCUCUGAAAGGUCAUCGAAACGAAAAAUUGGGGGAUGCGGGCCCGGGUGCCGUAUCGGGCGAGGUUGUUGUUGUGAUAUUGUCUUACUUUUAUCAUAUACCCAUUUCCUUUGUGAUUUUUCAUUUAUCGUCAUCAUCAUACUUGGGUCAGUGGACUGACUGAGCGGCUGGAGUGGCAUAUACCUGCAUUGAUCUUCAUCGAUCCGUUUGCAUUUACUGGAAGCAUAAGAAAGAGACUGCGAAUUCGGAGCUCGCAAGUUUUCGACCACAUUUUCCUUGCUAUACCAAUACCACAUUUUUGU